AUGACUUACUUCGUAAUUUUUCUUGGGGUGUGCUUUGUUGGGGGGGCAGUUGCUUCGAAUCCGUACUAUGGGGUUGUUGGUUUGGUGUUGGGGGUUGUAGGGUGCGGAUGAUUGUUGAGUUUGGGUGCUUUUAUUUCGUUGGUGCUGUUUUUGGUGUAUUUGGGUGGAAUGUUGGUGGUCUUUGUGUACGUGUUGGCGGCGGAUUUUCCGGAGGCUUGGGGGGACUGGCGGGUUAUGGGGUACGGUAUAGGGUUGCUUCUGGUGUUUGCUGUUGGAGUGGUUGUAGGAGGUUUUGUGGAGUGUUGAAAGGGUGUGGUUACUGUUGACUCGGGAGGAGUGCUCGUUCGGUUGGAUUUUGGUGGAGUGGCUAUGUUCUACCAUGGGGUGGGAAUGUUUGUGGGAGGUUGGGGGUUGCUGUUGACCCUGUUUGUGGUGGAGUUGGUGCGGGGCUUGCGUGGGGCUAUUCGGGCAGUUAGG